AUGCCAUAUCCUGAUGAAGCGUCUUUAGCUGAUUCACAAAAUCGGCUAAUAUAUGAGGAGCGUUGUUACACCCAAUCAGAUCGUGGAAACGAGUUCGAAAGGCAGAUUAGUAUGCUAAACGAUGAACAACGGUCUGUUUUUGAAGAGAUACUGAAAGCCGUUGAAGGUGACGCAGGUGGUGUAUUCUUUGUCUAUGGAUAUGGUGGAACCGGUAAAACAUUCUUAUGGAAGACAUUGUCUGCGACAAUUAGAUCUAAGGGUCAAAUUGUAUUAAAUGUAGCAUCAAGUGGAAUUGCAUCGUUGCUACUGACUGGGGACAGGACUGCACACUCCCGGUUUCAUAUUCCUUUAAAUCUUACUGAGGAUUCAGUUUGUCAUAUAAAACCAGACAGUGACACAGCUAGAUUACUACGUGAAACCAAGUUAAUUAUAUGGGAUGAAGCCCCAAUGGUUCAUAAACACGCAUUCGAAGCUUUGGAUAGAACGAUGAAUGACAUAUUCAAUAUGGACACUUCCAUAGAUUCUGAAAUUUCAUUUGGAGGUAAGGUUAUUGUUUUUGGUGGUGAUUUUCGACAAAUUCUUCCUGUUGUCCCCAAUGGUGGAAGACAAGAGAUAGUGAAUGCCUCGCUUUGUUCGUCAUAUUUAUGGAGUAAAUGCAAGUUGCUAAGGCUAACAAAAAACAUGAGAUUAACCAUUGGACGCUCUACAUCUGAGAUUCAAGAUAUCAACAAUUUUGCCAAGUGGCUUUUGGAUUUGGGUGAGGGAAAUGUUGGUUGUCCUAAUGACGGGGAAGCAUCUAUUGAAAUACCACCGGAUCUUCUAAUUAACGACACCUCUGAUCCGAUUUCAUCUUUAAUUGAUUUCGUUUACCCUUCAAUUUUAGAUAACUACAACAAUCAUAACUACUUUAGCGAGAGGGCUAUACUUGCGCCUAAGAACGAGGUUGUGCAUGAGAUAAAUGACAGGUUGUUAGCGUUAUUCCCAGGCGAAGAAAGAGAGUAUCUAAGCUCCGACAGUCUUUGUCAGACUGAGAAUCCUAAUUCAACACAGCAGAAACUAUACUCACCAGAUGUGUUGAAUGGUCUUAAAGUAUCAGGUUUGCCUAAUCACAGGUUAGUACUCAAAGUUGGUGUGCCAGUAAUGCUAUUACGUAACAUUGACCAACAAAAUGGUUUAUGCAACGGUACGAGGUUACAGAUAAAAAGAUUAUACAACCGUGUCAUAGAAGCAGAAAUCAUAUCCGGAGGAAAUAUCGGCACUCGCACCUACAUACCAAGACUUAAUUUGAUACCUUCAGACAAAAAAAUUCCUUUUGCGUUUCAAAGGAGGCAAUUUCCGAUAGCUGUGUGUUUUGCGAUGACUAUCAACAAAAGUCAAGGUCAGUCGCUAUCAAGGGUUGGUCUGUACUUGAGACAACCUGUUUUUACGCAUGGUCAGUUGUAUGUGGCUUUAUCAAGGGUAAAAUCCAGAGACGGAGUGUAA